CUUCUGCUGCUUCGGCGCCGCCGGGGACAUCUCCCUCGCCUCGAGCUCGCUACGAGGAGGAAGGGGGAGGCGCGAUUUGAUUCAAAAAAUCCCAACUAACCGAAUCCAAUCCUAACCGCUGGCCCUAACUCCCCUCUCUAUUUAAAGCCACCUCCCCCAACCCGUCCGCCGAGUGCUCUUUUCCGCCGCCUCCUUGCCCUAGCUAACCACUCCGCCGCCGCCACCAUUGGAGCACCGAGCUCGAGCUUGGGGAAGCCGUCGAAUAGCGCCGCUCCGCCCGGUCUGAGCUCACCCUCGGCACGGAGAGCUCAUCGGUUUUUCUUCUCCACCGCUCAUCGGUUUUUCUUCUCCACCGCCCGACCACCACCUCCGCCGAGAUUUCUUCCCGUCGCCCGCCUUCUUUGUCAGGAAACGAGAGCUGGAAUUAGAGUCAUGUCGCUGCAUAACAAACCUAAGAAGGCUCUAUUGAAUGGAAUUGUCCCGCAGGAUUAUAUUUGCACAAAAAAUGAUCUUGAUAUUAUUCUACCAAUUAAAAACAUGCCUUCUUUACCUGGAAAAGAAGUACUUGUGCUCAUUGAUGAUGCUCUCGUAGACAGGAGGCAUUUGGAAUGCCUUUUCCAACCGAGUGCAUUUUUGAAUGAUGAGGUCAUAAAUGCAUACAUUUGCUUAUUAAGGGCUCAAGAGCAUCUACAACGUAGGUCCGGUGGUACGGUCUACCUGGAGACUACUUAUGUCUCAACCCUUCUAAAGCGGGAUGGUGAUAAUAACAUUAGAAUGGAUGAUCUAUAUGCUACACAUGACACCAUUGAAAAUAGCACCAUUGAACGAAGGGUUGAAAGAUACUUGGACCAUGACAUGGUAUUUAUUCCAAUAAACAUCGAGGGAAUCCACUGGUAUCUUGCUGUGAUUGACGCCAGAAAAAGUGAGAUACAUGUGCUCGAUUCGAUGGGUCCUGUAUAUGAUCGCGAAGACCUCAGUACCACUCUGAACGGAUUGCAGAGGCAAAUAGACAUUGUAUCGCAGCUCAAGGAGCUUAAAAACCACAAGUGGCAGAACCUACGGGUUGCUUCAUGGCCGGUUAGACAGAUACAAUUCGAAAAGAUAAUGCAGACAGACAGCUGUUCAUGCGGUCUUUUCAUGUUAAACUACAUGGAAUACUGGACAGGGGAUGUGCUGUCUGACAAUAUAACUCAAGAUGAUAUGAUACAAUUCAGGACAAAAUUAGCUGCUAUUUUGUUAUCAUCAGAACUAAACAAGAGAAAAGGACAUCCGUCAGUCGAAGAGAACGAUGAAGAAAGUGGAAGUCCAGAUGAUGUUGUGAUGCUAAAAAAUCCCCCUAAUCUAUGCAAAAGGUCACAACAAUCCGUUCAGUCUAAAGUCAUGAAUACAAAUAAGUCUGCCGAUGAAACUAGAGACCAGUCCUCAUUGUGUGCCCUUUCCAUGGUGGACAUACCGAUAGGCAAAAAAGAACUGACAGAUGUCGUAUGCAAUUAUAUCAUGUUAAUUGAUGAUGCUGAGACAUUAGAGACACAAUGGGUGCAAAGUUUGAAGCCUUACCUGAUUUGCUUAAGUGUCAAGCAACUCCAAGCAUCAUUAAAGAUGGAUCAACCCAUGUCCAACGCUUGUUUCAACUUGGGUGUUCGGAUUCUCGCAUACACAGAAUACAAGAUGUUGAAAAGUUCCAAGAAAAUGGUUUCAAAGCACUAUAUGGACCUGCAAUUCUGCACGUUAUCUGAUUUUGGACGAGACCCAAAGUAUAGAAAAAAGCUUGAUGUUCGAGAGUUGGCCAAAUCGUUAGAAAGCUGGCCUUUCAUGAACUAUGAUGUCUCACGUUGCAAAUUUAUUCUUAUGCCAUUUGCACAACAUGGCAUGUUCUUGCUUUUUGUGUUCGACCAUGAGGACAGAACUAUGACCGUACUGGACUCCAAUCCUAUUCCAGAUUGGUAUAAAGAUAUGCCAUACAAGCAGUACGCACAUAAAAUUAUUCAUAUUGCCAAGUAUUAUAUGGUUGCCAUGAGAGUAGCAUGUCCUGGGUGGAACGACGAUGUUUAUAGAUGGCAACAUAUAAUCUCAGCUGGUACUCCAAUGGACGUAUACGGGUAA